AUGGUGCAAAUGACUCGAAAAUCCAUCAAAACACCCGAAAGGCGAGGGAUUUCCAUUUCAUCUUUAGUGCUGUUGUGUGCUCUCCUUUUUGGAACCGUCAUAUUCCUCACUGCCAACAUAACCAACGAUCAGGUCGGUGCCAAAAGAAGGUUCACUCUGCCUUGGACGAAACAACAGAAUAAGAAUGACAAAAAUAUCUUCAGCAAGUUGCGUUCGGCAUUGGCGGAAUCCAAGAAGAAAAAGAAAACUAAUGGAAGUAAGGAAUUGGCCGAACCAUUCGAUAGGGAUUCCACCAUGACGCUGAAGGAACAAGAUUAUUCGCAUAUUGGAGGACCUCAAGUAAUCAAAUCAGAACCAUAUCCAUCCCAAUUUGUGGACACUUACAAUGCUGUCAACAUAGCGGCACCUGAAGAAGAGAGUAAGGAGUCAGCCGACACGGCAGUUGCAACUGAAAAACCUAAAGACGUGAAGAAGGAAGAAAAACCUAAAGAUGCAAAACCUAAGGAAAAAGAUCAAAAGCCAAAAGGAAAAACACCUGAGGAAUCGAAACCAAAAGAGACAAAGCCAAAGGUAGAAACUGUCAAGAAUGCAAUGAAGGAAACUGACGAAGCUACGAAACCACCACCAAAGACAGCCAAACAUUCGGAAAAUAAGAAAUCAAAGAAGAGUGCAACAGGUGGGACAAGGUCUAGCAAAAAGUCAACAAAAUCAGCACCGGCGGUGGAAGGAAAAAAUCUAGUAUCAUCCUCAGCCGCCGAAGAAACGAAACCGCAAAAGAGUACCAAGAAGAGUACGGGUGGUUCCAAACAUAGCAAGAAGACGGGUGGCAGCGUAACGAAAAUGUCGGGUUCCACAGAAAAUACCGAAGAAAAAUCAAAGAAAAAUGAUUCUACUGGAGACAGCAACAAGAAUAGGGAAAGCAAGAAAAAACACACCGGUAUUGCUAACAACAAGAAAUAUUAA